CGUCAUCCGUAGUUUCCGAAAACAUCCAGCUAUGGCCGCCACAACGAGCAACAGCAAAGGAGCCGAACUUUCUAAAGCUGAGUACCUAAAACGGUAUUUAUCAGCAGAAGAUUCCAGUAAAUCAAAAGAGAAGAAAAAAAAGAAACGACGUAAGAUUCCUGAGAGAGGACUCAAAAUAGUGGACGAUGACAUCGAUUGGAGACAGAUGGUGAAGGAGCAGAUAGAGGCAGAGGAAGAUGAAGAGGAAGCUCCAGUGAUUGCUGAGGUAAUUGAUGAGCGACCAGAUGAAGUUAAACAACUGGAAGCCUUCAGAAUGAGCAACAGAUGGAAAGUUGUUGGAGUUGAUGAGGAAAGGGAGGAGGAGAAGGGAAGAGAAGAUACAGAACCUGUUGCAUCAAGCAAAAUACCCACCAACUCCUCAGAGCGCUCACUAAAGGGAAAGAACCUUGACUCUCUUAUCAUAAAAAAGAGACACGACUCUUCAGAUGCUUCUCCUCCUAGGAAAGGCCGUCAUGACUCUCCAGAUGUGUCGCCACCCAGGAGAGCUCGCCAUGACUCUCCAGAUGCAUCUCCUCCCAGGAAAAAUCGCCAUACCUCACCUGACGCAUCCCCUCCCAGGAGAAAUCGACACGACUCUCCAGACUUGUCACCUCCAAGGCAACAUUCAGGGAAGCAGAGAAAGCUGCAAAGUAAAGAUUCAUCUCCCAGCAGAAGCAAGCACAGUUCAAGUAAGCGUUCCCCUGAUCAGCGUCGAUUGCCGCACACUAAAAAUAGGCACGAUUCAGAUUCCGACCAGUCGCCUCCACGAAAAAAGACCGCAAAUAGAGAGGCAUCCGACUCGGAUCAAUCUCCGCCAAGGAGACAUCAAAAAUUAAGACAGGACUCUGAUUCUGACCAGUCCCCACCUAGACGGCCACCACGAGGCGGAAGAGACUCAGAUGGGGACCUGUCCCCACCUCGUAGAGGUACUGCCUCACAGGGCCCUAGGAUGCUUUCUGGGGUAAAAGCAGGUCUGGUUUCUACUGAUGUCUUAAAGAAAGAAAAGGAAGAGAACCGACGACGAGAGAAAAGCAAUCAGCCACUAGAAGAUGAUUCCCGAAAUGCCCAGACGGUUUUCCGAGACAAAAGUGGUAAAAAGAGGGAUCUGGAUUCAGAAAGAGAAGAACAAAAGAGAAAAGCGGGAGAAAAAGCUGCAAAGGAUGAGAAAUAUGCCCAGUGGGGGAAAGGCUUGGCCCAGGGACAGAUGCAGCAGCAGAAGCUCGAUGAUGCGCUACAUGAAGCCCAGAAGCCAUUGGCGCGUCACUAUGACGACGAGGAUCUUGACCGUAUGUUGAGAGAGCAGGAAAGGGAAGGGGAUCCAAUGGCUGCGAUGCUCAGGCGCAAAAAGGAGCGCAACACAAAAACACAAGUGAAACCUCGAUACCAAGGGCCUCCGCCACCUCCAAAUCGCUUUAACAUUCAACCUGGUUAUCGGUGGGAUGGAGUCGAUAGAUCCAAUGGAUUCGAACAGAAGCGUUAUACACGAAUAGCUGAUAAAAAAGCCGUUCAGGAGGCAGCUUACAAAUGGAGUGUGGAGGACAUGUAAAUGUAAACCAGGAGCAGACUACUUUGCUGAUAAAAUAACUGUAACUUUAACAAAUAUUUUGAUUGGCUGGAAAGUUUUUUAGUUCCAUCUAAUUCAGUUUGUUGCUGUAUUUAAGCCGCAUCACAAUGUAAAUAGCCAGAAAGUACCAUCAUCUUAAUGACUUUGUUAUCCAGCCAAAUAAAGAUACUUAGUCUUCACAGUUUUUAUCAUUAAAAAAUGUUUUUGUAAA